AUGACAGAGAAUAUUCUAACGGCCUUCAACGGGCAACUCAACCUCCGAAUUGCCUAUACGUACACCCUGAACCAGAUUUAUAACUUUCUUGCAGAUGUCGUAAACCAACCUGGAUUUUACGGCAUCACAAUCAACGAUAUUUCGGAGCUCGUGCUCAUUCGUGGAGAAAUUUUACGAUUAAGUCUUCCCAGAGGGGAAGAAUAUGAUGCCGCAGCAUUGCGACCAAGACAGCAUAUCCACCGUGCCAUUAAUCCGCGAUGGUCCGCAACAAAUCGGACAAGAGUAUCGAAAUUUACACUGUUAAGAUACCAGCACGAUUGGGUUCCAUUCUGGAGCGCAACCGACCUGCUGGGAUUAUUUUUAUCCCGCACUGGAUCAGCACCAACCGGUGCAACUAAGCGCAAUUUUUAUCUACCCCUUACUGCAGUGUACGGGAAAUGGUGCUCGAAAUUAAUCCGUACGGACCCACCGUUUGUAGUCCAAUGUACAUGGAGAGAGGCUCCAGGGGAGUGGGCAAGAUUCCUUCUCGGGGCGAGCAUGGCCGGGCAUGAAAUCGAUACAGUAGAGACGGGGGCAUGGGGCCACGUGCUUAACCGGGCCUGGUACAACGUAAUCUGUUCCGAGCUUCUAAAGCUGAAGGGGUGGAGCCAGAGAGUCUCCCCAAGCAUCCAGGCGCGGGGAGCUAAACGGGGAAAACAAUUCGGUAGAUGCAGCGAAACAUACCCUCUCCGGUUCUUGCUUUGUGGGCAAGAAGCCCCAGAGCGGGUUUAUGGGCUCGCAUUAUCCAAAUGGUUUUUGUCGGCACCAGUGUAUGAGGACAGGCUGUCGGGAAAGAUUUGGGCGAACCUAUGGGACCCCUGCCUAAAUUGCAAGGAGGUUAUUAGGAUGUGGAAUGGGGAUAUAAACCACAUCCUCAAAUGGUACGGCUCAGAAGGUGCGCCCCAAUGA